AUGGAAGUGGAUCCAGACUCGAGGACAGGUGUUCUGGCGCCCUCCAACUCGUCUACCGCUGCGGCGGUCACCUUCAUUACAUUCGUGCAAGACCUCAAGCGCAAGACCAAGACAUGGGGACCUAUGAUCGAACUGUGCGCUAGUGGCGAGAAGACCUUGGAGAGAUUUCGUUACCAGUUUCCCGAUGACUGGCUGUACAGCGACCAGCUUACCGGAGAGUGGAGCGCGUUCAAUGAGAUCUUGAAGAGGAAGAAUGAUUCCAUACAGGAGCAGCUCGCUGGCCUGCAGCUCAAGAUCACGGCCGAGGAUAAGAUCGUUGAGAACAAGAUAAACGACAUCAUUCAAGAGUGGGAGCAGACGCGACCUGUCCAGGGCAGUAUGCGCGCGGACACUGCUCUGAAUACCAUUAACAUCUUCGAGGGACGGUUGAACCGAGUUCAAGAAGAAUACGACCUCGUCUGCAAAGCCAAGGAGGCUCUGGACCUUGAACUUACGAGACAUACACGGCUGGAGCCCGUCUUCGAAGAGCUGCGGGACUUGAAGGCCGUCUGGACAGCUUUGUCGGGCAUCUGGAGCCAGAUCGGUGAAUUGAGAGAGCUGUCAUGGGCCACCGUCCAACCUAGGAAGCUGAGGCAGCAGAUUGACGGGCUCCUUUCCUCGACAAAGGAAAUGCCGACCAGAAUGCGACAAUAUGCCGCUUUUGAAUAUGUGCAAGACGUACUUCGUGGCUUGCUCAAGUCGAAUACGAUCAUCUCGGAACUAAAGUCAGAGGCUUUGAAGGACAGGCAUUGGAAGCAAUUGUUCAAGGCUCUGCGUAUGCCAAGCACACCGAACUUGACUUUAAUGACGUUGGGUAAUGUCUAUGACAUGGACCUCAAGAGGAACGAGUCUGUCAUCAAGGAGGUCAUCGCCCAGGCCGGCGGGGAGAUGGCACUGGAGGAGUAUAUCAGACAAGUCAAGGAGACAUGGACCAGUUAUACCCUGGACCUGGUUAACUACCAGAACAAGUGUCGACUCAUUCGGGGCUGGGACGACCUCUUCAACAAAUGCAGCGAGAAUCUAAAUUCGUUGACUGCGAUGAAGUUGUCACCGUACUACAAAGUAUUUGAGGAAGAGGCAAGUUCGUGGGAGGAGAAACUGAAUCGCAUUCACGUCCUUUUCGACGUCUGGAUCGACGUCCAGCGCCAAUGGGUAUAUCUUGAAGGCAUAUUCUCCGGUAGCGCUGACAUCAAGCAUCUGUUGCCCGUGGAGAGCGCUCGUUUCCAGAAUAUCAAUACGGAGUUUCUGGCUGUCAUGAAGAAGGUGUACAAGUCGCCCUUCGUGGUAGACGUGAUGAAUAUUCCGGGCAUUCAGAAGAGUUUGGAGAGAUUGGCUGAUUUGCUGAACAAGAUUCAGAAGGCUCUGGGAGAGUACCUGGAACGUGAACGUUCUUCAUUCCCUCGAUUCUACUUUGUGGGUGACGAAGACUUGUUGGAGAUUAUCGGUAACAGCAAGGACAUCCUCCGCAUCAUGAAGCAUCUCAAGAAGAUGUUCGCCGGUAUCUCGACUGUCAUGCUUGACGAGGAAUUAACGGAGAUUCAAGGAAUGGCGUCCCGAGAAGGAGAGGAGAUCAAGUUCAAGACACCCAUUCUGCUGAAGGACUUCCCGAAGAUCAACGACUGGCUGGCCAAGAUCGAGUCUGAAAUGCGCAUGACGCUAGCUCAACUGUUGACGGAAGCGGUCGGCGACUUGCAGUCAUUCUACGGCAACGGCGGCCAGUUGCCAAUGGACCAAUUCAGAACGUGGAUGGAGCAGUAUCCUGCCCAGCUCGUAACUCUAGCCGUACAAGUGGCGUGGACAGCUUCCGUUGAAACUGCUCUCGAAGCGUCUGGGUCCCUCGAAGGUCCUCUUGCCACUGUCCUCCAAGGUCUGGAUCUGCUCGCUGACGUCGUCCUAACGGAGUUGACUCCGGUUACGCGUCGCAAGUGCGAGCACCUUAUCACUGAGCUCGUCCACCAAAGGGAUGUCGUCCGUAACCUAAUGCAACAGAAGAUAACGGAUAACAGAGCCUUCCCUUGGCUGUAUCAGAUGCGCUUCUACCUGGACAAUACGGUUGACAAUGCUCUUGAUCGGCUUGCCAUCCGUGUUGGUGAUGCUUCAUUCCCUUACGGAUGGGAGUACUUGGGUGUGCCCGAUCGUCUGGUGCAGACUCCUCUCACAGAUCGUUGCUACCUUACUUUGACGCAGGCCUUGGAUAAUCAGCUCGGUGGUGCGCCAUUCGGUCCUGCUGGGACAGGGAAAACGGAAUCUGUCAAGGCUCUCGGGGUUCAAUUGGGACGAUUUGUCCUGGUUUUCUGCUGCGACGAGACAUUCGAUUUCCAAGCUAUGGGCCGUAUAUUCGUUGGGUUGUGUCAAGUUGGCGCCUGGGGCUGCUUUGACGAAUUCAAUCGUUUGGAGGAACGCAUUUUGAGUGCUGUUUCCCAACAAGUCCAAAGUAUCCAGCAAGGUCUUGUUGCUGUAGCGAAGAAUCCCAACGUAGAGAUAGAGCUCGUGGGUAAGAGUCUGAAGAUCAACAAGAAUAUCGGUAUUUUCAUCACGACUAACCCCACGUAUGCCGGGCGUUCGGCUCUACCUCCCAACUUAACGAAGCUCUUCAGGCCUAUGGCUAUGACUCGGCCUGACAGAGAGCUCAUUGCUCAGGUCAUGUUAUUCUCGCAAGGUUUCCGUACUGCCGAGUCCCUGGCAUCCAAGAUUGUGCCUUUCUUUAAUCUCUGCGACGAACAGCUUUCUCCCCAGCCGCAUUAUGACUUUGGUCUGCGGGCUCUGAAGGCAGUGCUGGCUAGUGCCGGUAUACUGAAGCGUGAGCGCCUCCUCAGCGUACGUGCUGCGGAAGGAGAGGGAGGAGAGGCCGUCGGCUUGUCCGAUGCAGUGUCUGAACAAGUAAUACUAAUACAGAGUGUCACCGAGACGAUAGUCCCCAAACUUGUGGCCGACGACGUGCCCCUCUUGACCAGCCUCCUUGCUGAUGUGUUCCCUGGCGUGGAUUACGAGCCUGUGGACUUGAGUGCUCUUAAGGAACAGAUCUUGAAGGUGUCAGCGGAGCGCCGCCUCGUUCCUGGGGAGCGUUGGAUUUCCAAGAUUCUGCAACUGUAUCAAAUCCAGAAGAUUCAGCACGGUCUUAUGAUGGUUGGGCCAUCAGGCAGCGGCAAGACUAACGCCUGGCAAGUUUUGCUCAAGGCCUUGGAACAGCUGGACGGAGUGGAAGGCGUAGCGUAUGUCAUCGACCCGAAAGCAAUGGAUAAGGACGCACUCUACGGCACUCUCGAUCCUACGACUCGUGAAUGGAAUGAUGGACUGUUCACGCACAACCUAAGGAAGAUCGUUGAUGACGUUCGUGGCGAGAGCGGGAAGAGGCACUGGAUCAUUUUCGAUGGCGACGUAGACCCAGAAUGGGUAGAGAAUCUGAACAGCGUGUUGGACGACAACAAGCUACUGACGCUACCUAACGGUGAACGCCUCAAUCUUCCUCCGAACGUUCGCAUAAUGUUCGAGGUGGAGCAUCUGCGUUAUGCCACUCUGGCUACUGUCAGCAGAUGUGGUAUGAUCUGGUUUAGUGAAGACAUCGUGGAGCCCUCGAUGGUCUACCGCCAUUACCUGGAUACGUUGUCGACGGUUCCGCUGGACGCAGACGACGAGGAAACGAGCGAUCUUCUCGUGAGGCGCACCGAUGCUGCUACCUCGGAUGCGGCAGCCUCAGCCAAUUUGAUCGCGCAGAAGCAGAUAGCGGCUGUCCUCGAACCUUACUUCGCUGAGGGAGACCUCGUAGAAUCGGCGCUGUCCUACGCCGACUCCAUCGAACACAUCAUGGAUUUCACUGCGACUCGAGCCCUCAAUACGCUCUUUUCGCUUCUCAAUAAGACUGUCCGGAAUGUAAUCGAAUACAAUAUCCAACACUCAGAUUUCCCUCUCCCUCCAGAACGUGUCGAGCAAUACGUAACUAAGCGGUUGCUGGUGAACAUCAUUUGGGCUUUCUCAGGCGACGCGAAACUGGACCUGAGAGCUGACAUGGGCGAGUUCCUUCGGAAACACACUGGCAUUGAUUUGCCUCCUUUAGCUGCUGGUAGUUCACUGCUGGACUACGAUGUUCAUAUCCAGAAUGCAGAAUGGACAGCAUGGGCAUCAAAGGUCCCUGUGAUCGAUAUCGAAUCGCAUGCCAUUACAGCUUCUGAUGUCGUCGUUCCGACCGUCGACACCAUCCGGCAUGAGGAAGUCCUAUACUCCUGGCUGUCGGAACAUAAACCACUUCUCCUUUGUGGCCCGCCUGGAUCCGGCAAGACUAUGACGCUCUUCAGUGCUUUAAGGAAGCUACCAGACCUAGAGGUCGUUGGCCUGAACUUCUCUAGUGCUACCACGCCGGAGCUGAUAUUGAAGACGUUCGAUCAGUAUUGCGAAUAUCGUAAGACACCGAAUGGCGUUGUGUUGGCUCCUACGCAGAUCGGCCGGUGGCUCGUAGUCUUCUGCGACGAAAUCAAUUUGCCUGCAACAGACAAGUAUGGAACUCAAAGAGUCAUCUCCUUCAUACGUCAACUUGUCGAAUGCAACGGCUUCUGGCGAACAAGCGACAUGUCUUGGGUCAAACUCGAAAGAAUCCAAUUCGUCGGUGCUUGCAAUCCUCCCACUGACCCUGGCCGAGUGCCCCUCAGCCACAGGUUCUUGCGGCAUGCACCCUUGGUUAUGGUGGAUUAUCCCGGAGAAUUAUCUCUCAAGCAAAUUUACGGCACCUACACUCGUGCUGCCCUGAAGGUUGUGCCUAAUUUGCGCGGUCAUGCGGAACCGUUGACGGAUGCCAUGGUUGAAUUCUACUUGGCGUCUCAGAAACGCUUCACAACCGAUGUCCAAGCGCACUACGUGUACAGUCCUCGUGAGCUUACACGUUGGGUGCGCGGUAUCUAUGAAGCGAUCCGGCCUCUGGAAAUGUUGACCGUGGAGGGUCUCGUACGCGUGUGGGCGCAUGAAGCAUUACGUCUCUUCCAGGAUCGGUUGGUAACCGAGGAAGAGAAGCAAUGGACGGACGACAAUAUCGAUUUGGUGGCCAUGCAGCAUUUCCCCACCAUCAACCGUGACGAAGCCUUGGCCCGCCCUAUUCUAUUUUCGAAUUGGACGUCCAAGAACUACAUACCCGUGGAUCGCGAAGUUCUUCGUGAAUACACCAAAGCGAGAUUGCGGGUGUUCUACGAGGAAGAGCUUGAUGUGCCGCUGGUUCUCUUCAACGAUGUCCUCGAUCAUGUGCUACGUAUCGAUCGUGUCUUCCGGCAGAUACAGGGUCACCUCCUGCUUAUCGGUGUAAGUGGCAGUGGGAAAACAACGUUGUCUCGCUUUGUGGCCUGGAUGAACGGUCUUAGCAUAUUCCAGAUCAAAGUGUCCAAUAAAUACACGGGUGAUGAUUUCGAUGAGGAUCUUCGGACGGUCCUUCGCCGAGCUGGCUGCAAGGGCGAGAAAAUAUGCUUCAUCAUGGACGAGUCCAACGUACUUGAUUCGGGGUUCUUGGAGCGUAUGAAUACUCUCCUCGCCAAUGCGGAGGUUCCCGGUCUGUUCGAAGGUGACGAACAUGCGGCCCUCAUGACGGCGUGUAAGGAAGGCUCUCAAAGAGAUGGAUUGAUGCUGGAUUCGCAUGAGGAAUUGUACCGGUGGUUUACUGGACAGGUUGCCAAAAACCUCCACGUCGUCUUCACGAUGAAUCCUCCUCAGAACGGACUGGCCUCUCGUGCUGCGACGUCCCCAGCGCUAUUCAAUCGUUGUGUCCUGGACUGGUUCGGCGAUUGGUCCGAUCAAGCCUUCUAUCAAGUUGGCAUGGAAUUCACCAACACGCUGGACCUCGAUCUUCCAGCGUACAACCCGCCUGCUCACUUCCCGAUUGCUUACCGAGAGUUGUCAAUGCCACCGACCCAUCGAAAUGCCGUCGUCAAUGCGCUCGUGUUUGUCCAUAUGUCUAUGUAUGCAAUCAACCAAAGAAUCAGCAGACGUCAAGGGCGUUACAACUACGUCACUCCACGGCAUUAUCUGGACUUUAUCAAUCACUACGUGCGACUCUUUAAUGAGAAGCGAAAUGAAUUGGAGGAACAACAACGGCACUUACACGUCGGGCUGGACAAGUUACGUGAUACCGUCACUCAAGUCGAGGAGUUGCGGAAGAGCUUAGCUAUUAAGCGGUCUCAGCUAGAGGCGAAAGAUGCAGAGGCUAACGAGAAGCUGAAGCGCAUGGUUACCGACCAGCAGGAGGCUGAACAAAAGAAGGCCGCUUCUAUAGAGAUCCAGGCAGCUUUGGUCGAGCAGGAGAAGCACAUAGAGCAGCGUCGCGCUGUCGUAAUGGCGGAUCUCGCAGAUGCAGAGCCUGCUGUCCUUGAGGCUCAAGCCGCUGUUAGCAACAUCAAGCGGCAGCACCUGCAAGAAGUGCGUUCGAUGGCUAAUCCACCAGAGGCAGUUAAGUUAGCCAUGGAAUCCGUCUGUACUGUUCUUGGACACAAGAUCGACAGCUGGCGUACAGUUCAAGGUAUCAUUCGUCGAGACGACUUCAUUCAGCGGAUCGUCAACUUCGAUACUACGAAUCAAAUGACCAAGCAGAUCCGGGAGCUCAUGAAGAAGGAUUUCUUGAGCCGACCGUCGUUCAACUUCGAGACUGUCAAUCGAGCUAGCAAAGCUUGUGGUCCUUUGGUAAAAUGGGUUAUUGCGCAAGUCAAGUUCUCCGAAAUCCUGGACAAGGUCGAGCCUCUUCGAAAUGAAGUGCAGUCUCUGGAAGAUCAGGCAGAGCAAGCAAAGCAACAGGCCAAGAUGAUCAUCGAAAUGAUUGCGGAGCUCGAGGCCAAGAUACAGACGUACAAGGAAGAAUACGCGUUACUCAUUAGCGAGACCCAGGCUAUCAAAGGGGAGAUGGAGCGUGUCCAAAGUAAGGUCGACCGCAGCAUGAAACUUCUCGACAGUCUUUCUUCAGAACGUGGGAGAUGGGAGGCAGGAAGCAGGACCUUUGAUGUUGAAAUGAGCACCAUCGUGGGCGACGUUCUAUUGUCCGCUGCUUUCCUUGCAUACGGAGGAUUCUUCGACCAACAUUAUCGCGAGGUCAUGUGGCAAGAAUGGGCUAGCCAUCUCGGAGAAGCUGGCGUUAAAUUCAAGCAAGAACUCUCUUUCCCUGAAUAUCUGUCUACCGCCGACGACCGCCUCAGCUGGCAAUCGAAGUCGCUUCCCUCUGACAACUUGUGCACAGAGAAUGCCAUUAUGCUUAAGCGGUACAACCGUUAUCCGCUUGUGAUUGACCCCACGGGCCAGGCUACGACCUUCCUCCUUAACGAGUACAAGGAUCGCAAGAUAGCCGUCACCAGCUUCCUGGACGAGGCAUUCCUGAAGGUGCUGGAGAGCGCGCUGCGGUUCGGUAAUCCUCUGCUCAUCCAAGAUGUAGAGCACCUUGAUCCGAUAUUAAAUGCCGUCCUCAACAAGGAGAUCCGACGCACUGGUGGACGUGUUUUGAUCCGCCUGGGCAAUCAAGACAUUGAUUUCUCUCCUUCGUUCACUAUGUUCCUGACUACUCGGGAUCCGUCCGUUGAAUUCUCUCCAGACAUCUGCAGUCGGGUGACAUUCGUCAACUUCACGAUGACGAGGAGCAGUUUGCAAAGCCAAUCUUUGGACCAAGUUCUCAAAGUGGAGCGGCCUGAUACUGAGCGGAAGCGUACGGACCUCAUGAAGGUGCAAGGCGAAUUCAGAUUACGCUUACGGACUCUAGAGAAGCUUUUGCUCCAAGCACUCAACGAAUCCACUGGCAAUAUCCUCGACGACGACAAGGUCAUAGAUACGCUUGAGACCCUGAAACGCGAAGCUGCGGAGAUCACAAGCAAAGUCGAGGAAACGGAUCUUGUCAUGCGGGAAGUGGAACAAGUAACGGCAGAAUAUCUCCCUCUCGCCCAAGCGUGCAGCUCUGUCUUCUUCAUUUUGGAGCAGAUGAAUCUGGUCAACCACUUCUACCAAUUCUCUCUGCGCUUUUUCCUCGAUAUCUUCGACUACGUCCUCCACCAGAACCCUAACCUCAAGAAUGUCUCAGACUAUAGCCAAAGGCGAGAUAUCUUGCUGAACGAUCUCUUCUUGAUGGUGUACAAGCGGACGUCUCGAGCUCUGCUGUAUCGGGACCAUGUCAUGCUGGCGGUGCUCCUGGCUCAGGUCAAGGUGCGCGGCAUCGAAGAGAUCACCGAUGAACUGGAAUUCCUGCUGGAGAGCGGAGAGUCGGCUGCUAGCGCUACGCCUCGACCUAGCGACUCUAUAUUGACCGAGGAUCAAUGGCGUCGCCUACAAAGCUUCUCCAAACACUCGAUUUUCAAGCCCGUCCAGUCCCACAUCUCGGAACAUGAAAAUGAAUGGAUACCUUUCUUGGAAUCGCCCACGCCCGAACUAUGCACGCCGAAGCCUUGGGACCCGAGCACACCGGCCUUAGAAGCAAUCCGCGUCCUUCUUAUCAUCAAGUGCCUGCGCCCCGAUCGUCUACUGCAAGCGACGGCAGCAUUCGUUCGGAUUGUUUUCCAGACGGAUCUGUCAGAGGUGUCGGCAUACAAUCUGGGAGCCAUGGUAUCAGAUGAAGUUCCUCCUGCUACCCCUCUCGCUCUCGUUUCUGUACCUGGCUAUGACGCCAGCUAUCGCGUGGACAACCUUGUUCAGACCACUAACACGAGAUGCACAUCUGUGGCGAUGGGGUCACAGGAAGGAUUCAGCCUCGCAGAUCAAGCCAUUGCCGGUGCUGCGCGCCAGGGAAGCUGGGUUCUUCUCAAGAACGUCCACCUCGCCCCGUCAUGGCUGGGUCAGCUGGAGAAGAAACUACAGACGCUGAACCCUAACCGCAAUUUCCGCUUAUUCCUCACCAUGGAGGCCAACCCUUCGAUCCCAGUGAACAUUCUACGUCAAUCACGCAUUAUCAUGAAUGAACCUCCGCCGGGUAUCAAGGCAAACCUCCUGGAUUCACUGCGGAGCGUCUCUUCUUCUCGUCUGAGUCAAGGGCCCGCUGAGAAAGUCCGACUCUAUUUCCUUCUGGCUUGGUUCCAUGCGAUUAUUCAGGAACGUCUACGCUACGUACCCCUUGGUUGGAGUAAGAAGUAUGACUUCAAUGACUCCGACAUGAUUUCAGCCUUCAACACAAUCGAUGCUUGGUUGGGUGCGGCUGCUAGGGGUCGCGCCAACAUAGAUCCCGCUGCGAUACCCUGGGACGCUCUCAGAACCCUCAUCAAGCAGUCUGUAUAUGGUGGACGGGUCGACAGCGACUUCGAUCAGAGAACACUCGACGCAUUCGUGGAUGGGCUGUUUACCCCCGCGGCUUACAAUGUCGAUUUCAGCCUUAUUCCGAGUGUUAACGGCGCAGAGUCACUCGCUAGUCCCGACGGUACGAAGCUGGAGCACUUCCUGUCCUGGGUUCAGGGCCUUCCAGAUCGUGAACCCCCCUCGUGGCUCAGUCUGCCUCCUACUGCUGAGCGUGUGAUUGCUGUUGCUCAAGGGAAUGAAUUGCUCGUGAAACUGCGGAAGAUGAGGCAGUUGGCAGACGACGAAGAUGAAGUCUCGCCAGCCGCUGGUGGACCCGCCAAAGGACAAGCGUCCCAGCAGCCUGCUUGGAUGCGGAAUUUGCAUGAUCGAUGCCAGGAGUGGUUGUCGUAUCUCCCAUCUUCCUUCAAUACGCUUAGCAAGCCCUCGACUGAGAACCAAGAUCCUCUGUACCGGCUCUUCUUCCGUGAAGGGACUAUUGGGCGCAAACUCCUCGAGCAAGUACGCAGGGACUUGGAAGACGUUGCCAAAGUCUGCGAAGGUGCUCUCAAACAGACGAAUCAUCUGCGCAACCUUAUGUCAUCGCUCACGAAGGGCACGAUUCCUGACCAUUGGCGGCGGUACAAGGUGCACAAAUCCAUGUCCGUCGCGGAGUGGAUCCCGAACUUGGCGCGUCGGCUGGGCCAGCUGGACAAGAUCGCGGGCCUGGACAGCCUCACCAACAUCGAGGUGUGGCUGGGCGGCCUCUUCUUCCCCGAGGCGUACAUCACCGCGACGCGACAAGCCGUCGCGCACCGGAAAAAGUGGAGCUUGGAGACGCUGAACCUGAGGCUGGACAUUGAGCGCAUCGACGACCCCGGCGCGUUCAUCGUCGACGGGCUGGUUCUGGAGGGCGCUGCGUGGGCGCAGGACAAGCUGGUGCUCAACGACGGGGAGGCGGUGCGGCUGAACCCGUCGCAGGUGCGCUGGGUGCAGGCGUCGGGCGACGGGGCGCAGGCGACGACGGUUACUCUGCCCGUGUACCUGAACAACGACCGGAGCGACGUGCUGUUCACGGUGGACCUGCCGUUUGACGGGAGCGCGGGCGCGUUGGUGGCUAUGCGCGCGGUGUGCUUGACUGCGGGUGGUUAG